AUGCCCUUCUGCUCUCGUGCACUCCUGGCUACCUUCGUCCUCUUGACACGCGCCAAAGGAACUCUGGAAGCUGCGGAUCCCGGGACGACGGCGUUCCACCACCCAGGUACUGUCCAUUCCUCUGCUGAUAACCAAAGCGAAGACGCUUCUUCGAAGGCAUUGAUCAGCUUUCAAGGGGAGCAGUACGGUGAAGAUAGGGGGAAGAUGAAAGAAAUGUUCACGAUGCUGACGAGCCGACUGCACCUUGAUAGUGCCCAGCUACGGAGAUGGCAGAACGAUAACGUAGAUCCGAGCGACAUUUUGAUGAAGAUGCGGGAACAAUUUCAAUCGAAGGAUUCGCUUGAGGAGAUAGCUCUUGCCAUACUGUGUGGAUCCGACAUUCCAGCAUUGGAUCGCUACUUCAAGAGUAAAAAGAUGUCACUCAUCCGGACGCUUGUACUUCAGUUCACGGACACGCGCAUGGUGAAAGUACUCGUUCGUGCCAAACAAAGUGAACACAGUGUUGGUGCGGCUAAUGCGUGUGUGCUGCUUAAUGGUCUGAUGGAGGAGUGGAAAAGUGGUGCUAUACCCAAAUCCUUUCUCGAGGUUUUCACGUACCUGGACUUAACGGACGCUAAGCCUUUGCACCGCUUCAUGAUCGAACCGAAGCUUGAAGUGCUACGAGACUACAUCGAGCUGAGAGAAGGCGGUGUGCUCGAUACAAAAGUCUAUAUCGAUACGUUGACGACAGGAUUUGGUGGUGAGAGCAAGUUUUCAUUGAUUAUGGACAAUGCACUUCUCGAUCCUCAUACAAUUGGAAAGGCGAAGGAGCUGCAAAGACAACAGUUUGAGAUGUGGAAGGAAAGUGGAGAGUCUCCUAUAGAUAUCUUUAAGCGACUCGAGAUGGCUAAAGACGAUUUCAAGCUGUUCACCGAGCAUUCUCACACGCUGAGAACGCUGAACGAGUACAUUAAAUUUUUAGGUUCAACGAAUCAAAAUGGUCGCCGGUAUGAUUUAAUGACCACAGUUAUCGAGGGAUUCGGCGGUGACGCAAAAUUUGCCUCGCUGGUAAUGAAAGCACAGAAGACGGAGGAAUUCUUGAUACGUGCCAAUCAGAUAUUGUAUCUACUAUUUCAGGUAUGGAGAAAGAGAGGAUUAACUUCAACAAACCUGGUUAGUGAAAUAAAAUGGAAGGAAACAACGGAGACGGACUCGGUUGUGGCUAAGUUUACACAGUACUUGAAUAGAAAGUUUCAACCUAGCCCGAAUUUACCUAGAAAUGUAGUGCUCUUGAAGGAGGCAGUUAACGGUCUCAGACGUUCGUAA